AUGAGCGUCGGUGUGUGCAUGGAUCCGCUGCUCACACGUGCUGGCAGGCAGCCUGCAGCCGGUGCCCUCGUGCCAGUUCAUCGGCUCCAGCACGGAAAAGAGAAAAUGGCCCAUUCCCGAUGCUCUUAUUCCCACCAGCAGCACCAACACGCUGGUCGCCAGCCGUCAUUCCUCAGCACAUCCAGGAAUACUGAAAAAUGGCGUGGAACUGUCAUCCAGCAAUGCCACAAUCCCCCACACACGUCGGCUCCACCAGAGAAGACACAAAUCACAAACAACACCCUCCACAUGAUUCCCGAACAUCAUUUCGACACACCGCGACACGCCAAACAGAAGUAUUCGUCACUCCAACGCACCUCCCCACACAAUCGCAUAGUCCAUGAACCACGCACGGCAGCAGCCCACACGCGGUCAAACAAAAGUUCCUCGGAUCAGUGUUAUCCACGUGCUGCGGUGGGAAGUAAACAAAAGAGACAGCUGUCAAACCCCAAAAGAGUGCCACGGCUGGUCGAAAUUCAACGGAACGCAGCAACCCAAAAUGAAUUCAGUUCUAAUGCCCUCAGCCUCCCACUUUCUCCCACAAAAGGCCCAAAAGCUGCCAAUCAAACACACCGUCCAAUAAAUUCGCUUUGCAAAAAAAAGAAGAAACCGCAGUACUUCCUGCUGUCAUCCGAGACUUUUUUUGCUGAUUGA